AUAGUUUUUGUGUGGCAUUUUACAUCUGCCUUGCACCUACCACUUAAAAGGUUAUCUCUCAAACUUUAACCCUUUUAUAACACCUAUCUCAAUUUAUACGGCAGAAAAAAGUCUUAAUUUCUGGAUCUCCUGAUCAUCAGUUGCUAAUUUCCAGAAUGCUAGCAAGAUUAUUCAGUUUCUGCAUUUCAACCAAUUUUUUAUUGUGAUUGGCUUUACCACUACUACCCAACCCCUUUUAUUAAUGAGAGAGGAUUCCCGCCGAAUCCUCUUUGUGAGGAUUCCAAAGAUCAUCAAAUCACAUCCGUCCAUCGUGCGAUAAGAGAAAAGUCUUAAUUUAUAUGGAAGAGUCUCCAUAGUCAAUUCGAACAACUUUGUCUUCAUUUGUGGAAGAGAAAAGUCUUAAUUUUUCGGUCUCGAGACCAUCACUUGGUAAUUUCCAGAAUGCUAGCAAGUUUAUUCAGUUUCUGCAACUCUUCACUUUGUCCAAAUUCCACACCCAACACCCCCCCCCCCCUCUUUUUCCUCCUCCUCCUCUCUCUGUCUCUCUGUUAUGUAGAAGGCGUGUAAAAGGGCAUGCAAGCAACCAUCUAGGGUAUCGCUGCUAUAAAGCCCCCGGUACCGAGUGAUGGCUAAGUGCAAAGUAACGUUUGAUGUGGAGAACUCGAAAAGGUUUGGGAUCAGAGUAUUGGUGCUCGGAGUAGAAGAGCUCGCCGCGGACACCGGAAUCUGGUCAACCCGACCUUUCUCCAGCAUCCGGAGCACCGAUUGACCACACGCCUUUUCGGAGAUUCGCCUGAUCUCACGAUCUUCGACGUCGUCGUCUUCUAGAAGUUCUCAGCUGGGCCUCGAAGAUUAAGGUGGGUCGGGGGUGGUGAAGAUGGAGGAGUGGGUCUGGGGAGAGAGAGAAAGGAUGGGAGGUGAAGAGGGAGGAGAUGGAGAAGUGGGUUGGGGGGUUUUCUGGGUUUGUUUGGUGGUUGUUUUUUUUUUUUUUAAUAUGGUAAAUAUUAUUAUAAUUUAAAUGCAUAAAAAGUUAUUUUUUUGCCACGUGGCACAAAUGUAACAACUAUGUCAGCACAAAUGUGGAUCAUAUGUUUUCCACAUCAUCACUUAACAGAUUUUCUAGUGGAUAUAUGAAAUUGAAAUAAAAUGAUAAGUGAAUGUAUGAAAUUGAAAUGUUUUAAAGAUGUUGUAAAGAAUUGAAAUUGACCCCAAACUUGAGGGGGUAAAAUGUAAUUUAUCCUAUUUUCUUAUAUAAGAUGCUACCAUAAUGAGAAUUAAAAUUUAUAAUAUUUUCAUAAAAUUAUAAAUAAAAAAAAGAGAUAUUAAAUACGUAUGCUGGUAUCAAAUAGAGUCUAGAGACAAAAAUCAAUUUUUAAUUUUGUAUAAGAUAUUUUCCGAAACUUCAUCUUAUUUAGGGAUUAAAAUCUAGUUUUCUAUUUCUUUUUUCCCUUUUUACGUAAGUGUGGCAUCAAAUAAUAGGGUCGUAUCUCCAAUUAAGCCUUUCAUCUACCAAGUAACAGUAUUUGUCUCAACUUAGUUGAAAGAAAUCUUAAAUUUAGUUUACAUAGAAAUUAUAAGUAUUUAUAGCGUUUUUUUUUUCCAGUACUAAACAACAGUACGAACAUGAGACAAAUGAAGAAUAUUAUGGAGCACAUAAAGAACUACCAAUUAAUCCAAAAUUUCUAGAUGUACGUGGGCUAACAUUCCUCGUAACGUGGAAGAAGAUAUUUGCAAUAUCAUGUGCAAUUGGAGUCUUGGUGGAUCCUUUAUUCUUCUAUAUUCCUUUCGUCAAUAAGAAUAUGAAGUGCUUCGAGUUGGAUAAAAAGUUGAAGAAUAUAGCUCUUGUAUCACGAUUACUUACAGAUUUCAUGUAUGUAAUUGACAUUAUCCUUCAAAUUUGGAUCGUGAUUUUGGCAAAACGAAGGAUAUUAGUCAGUAAUCCUUUGGCAAUGUUGGGCAAGUGGGCUUGGAAAUCAUACAUUAUAAUGGACAUUUUGGCCAUUCUUCCUGCACCUCAGGUUUUAACAUUUAUAUUGUUUCCAAAAACGAGGGGCUCAAGUUCUUUGCUUGCUAAGGAGUUUAUGACUACUUUUGCUCUGUUACAAUAUGUCCCACGGGUUAUUCGCAUCUACGUAGCAUGUAAAGAAUUCAACAAGACUCCUACAACCGAGACUAGAAUAUGGAUAUUUUUCAAAGGUGGAUUCAGUCUCUUCCUUUACAUCCUUACUAGUCAUGUACUUGGAGCUUUUUGGUACUUUUUAGCUAUGCAACGAGAGUCAACUUGCUGGCAACUUGCUUGUCAAAGUGAUCAAAAUGGAUGUAAACCUAGUACUUUUUAUUGCAAUGAUCGUUUGUUCCAAAAGAUCACAACCCUAAAUGAUUUAUGCCCUAUAAAUCCGUCAGAUGCAAAGGUUUUCAAUUUUGGGAUAUUUCUUGAUGCUCUUCAAUCUGGUGUGGUGGAGUCAACAGACUUUCCCAGAAAGAUUUUGCAUUGUUUCUGGUGGGGACUUCGAAAUCUAAGUUCUCUCGGAUCAAACCUCGAGACCAGUAACUACGCAAUGGAAAAUCUGUUUGCCGUUUUUAUUUCUUUAUUUGGCUUGCUACUAUUUAUAUUUUACCUCAGUGGAAAUUUGCAGCAGAUAUGGACGCAUAGGGUAACUAAAUCAUCAGCGAAGAGGAAAGUUCUACGGCAGAUGGAAUUGAAAAAGUUAGAGAUCCAUCGCUGGUUAUCUGAAAAUGGCAUUGGCAUCCCUAAGCGUAUGAAGAAGGUGAUGAUACAAAGGCUACAAAUACAUCUAGAAGGAGACAAAAACAUCGAUGUUAAUAUGAAGAGUAUCAUCUCUAUUGUUUCCGUGGAAGAUAGAAGAUUAAUCAAACUCUAUUUAAGCUGGUCUAUUCUAAAAAAAGUGCCAAUGUUUCAAACCCUGGAUGAAAAAGUUCUGAAAGAAAUUUGUCGAAGCCUUGAGCCUGUGAUGUUUACUGAGGAUACCUACAUUGUUAAAGAGGGGAAACCGCUUGAUAAGAUGCUAUUCAUCACGCAAGGCAUUGUAUGGAGCUACGGAUUUAGUAAUAAUAAUAACACUAAUAAUACUGAAUGCACUCGUUGUCUUAAGAAAGGUGAUUUCUACGGAGAAGAACUUCUAAACUGGGUAUCGAAAGUUAGCUACUUCACUGCCUUACCGAUCUCGACCAGGUCUGUCAAGUCCCACACAAAUGUUGAAGCCUUUGUUCUAAGGGCUUACGACUUGAAAACUAUAGUCUCCAAAAACUGGUUGCAUUUUUUCAAGUUCACUCCGUCCUCUCAGAAGCAGCAUCUUGCAGCUUCUUCGCUUCAAAAAAGUUGGCGCCGCCAUCUUGAAAAGAAGGCACGGGCUGUGCAUCUUGCCCAGCUGAGAGAAAUGGGGAAUAAAAAGAUAACGGAUGAAGUACCUCUUCUAGGUCAGUUCAAGUAGUUCGAUCAAUACUUGUGUACUUAAAUUGAUGCAUAUUAUUUCAGCACAUAUGGUGUGUCAUAUUAUCUACUUAUAUUUGUAACUAAGAAGAAUUCAUGUUCAGAAAUCUGUUCAGAACUCCAGAAUAUUACUUACUAAUUUAAGAAGGGAGAGGAUUAACUAAA